AUGCCAGCUGAUAUAAUGGAGAAAAAUUCCUCGUCCCCGGUGGCUGCCACCCCAGCCAGUGUCAACACGACACCGGAUAAACCAAAGACAGCAUCUGAGCACCGAAAGUCAUCAAAGCCUAUCAUGGAGAAAAGACGAAGAGCAAGAAUAAAUGAAAGUCUGAGCCAGCUGAAAACACUAAUUUUGGAUGCUCUUAAAAAAGAUAGUUCGCGGCAUUCCAAGCUGGAGAAGGCGGAUAUCCUGGAAAUGACAGUGAAACACCUCCGGAACCUGCAGCGGGCACAGAUGACGGCUGCACUAAGCACAGACCCAAGCGUCCUGGGGAAGUACCGCGCCGGCUUCAGCGAGUGCAUGAACGAGGUGACCCGCUUCCUGUCCACGUGCGAGGGCGUUAACACCGAGGUGCGCACCCGGCUGCUCGGCCACCUGGCCAACUGCAUGACCCAGAUCAACGCCAUGACCUACCCCGGGCAGCCGCACCCCGCCUUACAGGCGCCGCCGCCGCCCCCGCCAGGCCCCGGGGGCCCCCAGCACGCGCCGUUCGCGCCGCCGCCACUAGUGCCCAUUCCCGGGGGUGCGGCGCCCCCUCCCGGUGGCGCGCCCUGCAAGUUGGGAAGCCCGGCCGGCGAGGCGGCCAAGGUUUUCGGCGGCUUCCAAGUUGUGCCGGCUCCUGAUGGCCAGUUUGCCUUUCUCAUCCCCAACGGGGCCUUUGCUCACAGCGGCCCGGUAAUCCCUGUCUACACCAGCAACAGCGGGACCUCCGUAGGUCCCAAUGCAGUGUCGUCUUCUAGCGGCCCCUCGCUCACAGCGGACUCCAUGUGGAGGCCCUGGCGAAACUGA